GACAGAGACGCAGAGAUGGCGGAAGAAGCUCCAGCAGCGGCCCCGGUCAAAGCCCCGGCCAAAGCCCCGAAGAAGAAGGCGGCUCCCCGUCCCAAGAAGGAGGGCCCGACCCUCCCGAAGCUCAUCAUCAGCGCCGUGGCUGAGUCCAAGGAGCGCAAGGGGAUCUCGCUGGCGGCCAUUAAGAAGGUUCUGGUGGCAAAAGGCGUCGAUGUGACCAAAGCCAACAAACGCAUCAACACCGCCGUGACUAAGCUGGUGACCGGAGGAACCCUGGGACAAACUAAAGGGACCGGGGCCUCCGGCUCCUUCAAGCUCGCCAAGAAGGAGCCCAAAGCCGCCAAACCUGUCAAGAAAGCGGCGCCGAAGAAGAAAGCUCCCGUUAAAGCCAAGAAGCCCGCAGCCGCCGCCAAGAAAGUUACAGCGGCCAAGAAACCGGCAGUUAAGAAGCCAGCGGCCAAGAAACCGGCAGCGGCAGCAGCGGCCAAGAAGUCCCCGAAGAAGAAGGCACCGGCGAAGAAAGCCGUGAAAAAGCCGCUAGCGAAGAAGAGUCCCAAGAAGACCCCCGUUAAAAAGCUCAAGGCGGCCAAGAAGCCCGCUGCCAAGAAAGCUCCGCUAAAGAAAACUGCAGCCAAGAAGACCAAGAAGUGAAGCGGCUCUUUAAUCCAGCACUCAGUGCACCAAAGGUUCUUUUAAGAACCACCACAGCUUCACUAAAGAGGCUUCCUCAUUUAUUAGUACAACUAAAACACCUUGUUACACAACAAACCCACUCUGAGCUGCAAUUAGACAACACAACUAUACUUAUAUUAUACAUACAUGUGUUAUUAGUAUCAUAUCAGAUGGUGUCCCAAUAUUGUAAAGUUGGUAAAAUGCCUAAUAAAUCUACUCUAGUGAUAAUUUUUUUUUCCAACUACAGGUUGCUUUAAAAAUACUUGACAAUAUAAAAACAUUUAUUGUAAAACCCCCAAAAGAUUGUAGCGUAAGUAAGAAAAUCAAGAACAUGCUAAACAAUUGGAGUAAAAUUGUAACUGCUUCAUUUUAAUUUCUAUAGUCUCAAACAGGUAUUUGAUGUGUGGCAGCAAGUGACCUUUCUCUUUUAUCAAACAUUCAAACAAACAUUUGUGUUUGAAGGUAAGACACCAACGAGAUGACUGAUAUAAGAGUUUAACAUCCAAUUUAGAAGGAACUCUAUGUGCACAAUUACAACAAUUUGUGUAGUAAAGUGGUUUGAUCCGUUUCACUCUGUAUGUUUAGUGGAAUUUAAAUCAGACGCAGGUUCAAUUCCCCACUGUGACAAAUCAACCAAUGAGUCCCGGAGCAAAACACUUAACCCAUAAUUGUUCUAGAGGAGUGCGUCCUCUGACAUUUACAGUGAUUGUAAGUCUCUUUGGAUAAAAAGCACCAGCUAAAUGUGCUUUGUUCCCCAUAUAUUGAUUAUUCAUUUGUUUAAAUUGUGGUUUUGUUCUCAUAACUUGACACGUUACACGUUAACUAAUUAAUAAUCCUUCAUUUCCGGAUAAAAGUAUCCAAACUUUGAGUGAUAAAUCUCACAUGAUUGGAUUGUACUGCCUCUAACUGAGUCCUACAGAAAAAAUUAUCCAGGCUAUGUUCAGCCUAAUCUUUAACUACAUUGUUUUCACUUUCUGUUUAAUGGAUUAAAGGAAGUCAUUUUGC